AUGGAUGCGCCGUUGACCGAGGAAGAACAGAGCUUGGGCGAGGUGAAGCGCGCCGAACAGGAAGCGGGCAGAGGCACCGGGGCACGAGAGAUCCAUCUCAGCCAGAAGAUGAAGCUUCCGAUGCCGGAUGACGCCAUCGCCGCCAUGCGAGCGGUCGGACAGCACAAUGGCCGCGUCCUUACCAUGCUGAAAGUAAAUCCUGACACCGAAAGCGUCGAGCUUGUACCUUCGACCGAGUCGCCGACCUCGAUCGCCGAGCUGUCGCAAGCCAUUUCGACAACCGAGCCCCGCUUCAGCAUCUUCCGCUAUACCCAUACUCACAAUGGGGCUGAAACAAGCCCUGUCCUCUUCUUUUACACGUGCCCUGCCAACUCCUCCUCGGCCAGACCUGGCCACAAGGCCAUUAAAGACAGAAUGCUCUGCCCGCUGAUGAAGCGCGCAGUUCUCGCCAUAGCGUCAAGUGAGGCUGGACUUGAGCUUGCCAAGAAGUACGAGGUCGAGGAGCCCACUGAGAUCACAGAAGAGUCGGUUUUAUCCGAUCUACACCCCAGAGUUGAGGCCCGACAAGCAUUCAGCCGCCCUAAGCGGCCUGGUCGGUGA